AUGAAGUUAGCAAUGGCCUCCGUCAUUGUCCUUCGGCUCUUCAUCCUCGCCAACCUCGUCACUUUCUGCCUCGGCCACCACUACCACCACCAACAACAACAACAACCAAGACCCACAGCCUACAACUAUGGGUUCGACGUCCACAGGCGGGUGAAGCGGCAGCUUGCGGAACCUCUGACGACGGUAGUGAGGGGGGAUGCUGGCCAGCAGGCGGGGGACGUACAAGUGCGGAGGGAGAUUAGGGAGCUGGAGCAGGACAGGGACGUGUGGACGUUGUACCUGCUGGGGAUGAGCAUGAUGCAGUUUACGGAUCAGAUGGAGCCUACGUCGUGGUAUGGGAUUACAGGUAUCCAUGGAAUGCCGCACCAGACAUGGGGUGGUGUGCGACCGACGCCUGGGAAUGAGGAGACUGGGUAUUGUACGCACUCUUCGAUAUUGUUUCCUACUUGGCACCGGCCUUAUCUGGCUUUGUACGAGCAAGUCUUGACAAAUGUUAUGCGGAUGAUUGCAAAUUGGUGGCCCGAUGAUCAGAAGCAGCGCUAUCUCGACGCUGUCCAGCGGUUUCGAAUACCUUAUUGGGAUUGGGCUACCUACCCGCCCUCUGACGGAAGUGUGCUCCCCACGAGCGUGGGUGGGAGUCCCUUUGUCGAUGUAGAUGGUCCGAAUGGCGUUCAGCGGAUAGCAAACCCUCUGUUCAGUUACACGUUUCGGCCUCUGAAUACUACUGCUUUCAGACAGGCACCGUGGAAUACCUGGACUGAGACCCUGAGAGGUCCAACUAAUUGGGGUCCCGGAGCCCAGUCGAACAACUCCAUGGUGGCCAUGACGAUCGAUCAGAACCAACGGUCACUCAGCCAACGGCUCUACAUUUUGUUCUCGAACUAUGGUAACUACAGCAGGUUCAGCAACAAUGCCUGGAUCCCUUUUGUCAAUAACGCCUCGUAUGAUUCCCUCGAGUCUCUCCAUGACACGGUCCAUACUCUUGCUGGCGGUGGUGGUAUGGGUAUGCCAAAUAUCCAGGGCGGCCACAUGUCGUUCAUACCUUACUCGGCCUUUGACCCUAUCUUCUUUCUACACCACACCAUGGUGGACCGUAUCUUUGCCAUGUGGCAGACAUUGUACCCACAAUCAUGGGUGGCGCCUACCGCGGCGGUUCUGAAUUCAUACACGACCUCUCGAGGCCAGAUUCAAGACUCACAGACACCGCUCACCCCGUUCUUUGCUGAUGCCAAUGGGGGGUUUUGGACGUCGGAUAGCGUCAGAGACUUCACCAAAUUCGGGUACACUUACACUGAGCUGACGGACCUUGCGAGUGCGAGUAAUGCCCAAGCUGGUGUACGACGGGCUAUUAACCGUUUGUACGGGGCGUCAAGUCCAGCCAACAUGUUUCUGAGGGAGCUUCGAGCCCAAGGCAUCAAGGGUGGCCGGGGGAAGGGGGCGUCUUCGAGAAUAGGACAGCAGUCAUCAUCAAAGCAUCGUCCUGCUGGUAGGGAAGUUGGAGGACUCCAAGAUGACAGCUACCGAGAGUGGAUUGUGAAUAUCCGAGCCAAGAAGCAAGCAUUGGAUGGGCCGUAUUCCAUUUAUUUCUUCUUUGGGACCCCACCGGAGGACAAGGCGGACUGGGCGCAGGCAGAGAAUCAUGUUGGUGCCAUGGGGGUGUUUGCUGCCGACGGGACCGGGAUGGGAGGCAUGAGGGAGGCGAUGAAGGAGUUGGAGGUUAGUGGUACGGUGCCGUUGACUACGGGCUUGAUUGGGGCUGUUGAAAGGGGGAGAUUGGAGGGGUUGAGCCAAGCGGAAGUGGUAAAGUUUUUGAGGGAGGAGCUGGUGGUUGUUGUUUUGGGGUCGGGGGGGAGGGAGUAUGGAGUUUUGGAUGUGGAGGGCUUGAGGUUGGGGGUGAGGAGUUUUAGCGUUAAAUUGCCGCAGAGUGAGGAUGAGCUGCCUGUUUGGGGGGAGGAGGUGGUGGGUUUUGAUUUGUUGUAGGCUGUGGAGGGAAAGGGGUACGGGAAAAGGACUGUCUGAUAUUAUGGUCUCGUUUCUGGUGUGCAUUGUUGCGAAGGGAGGUAAAGGCAAAAAAGGGAGGAUAAGGUUUUGGUGUUUUCUGGUGUUGUUUUGGUGCUCUGGCUUUGGGUUUGAUUACUAUGGAGGGGAGGGCAGCCUUUGGUUUGCUGGAUUGGUGUCACUCACUCUCGACAAGUUGGCUCUUGCUUUGGAGGCUUGGGUUUGUCUUUUCUUGUUGGGAUGUUUUUGUGGUUGGAGCUUGGAAGGCGUGGAUGAUACAGGCAAGGUAAUAUGUGGUGGGUCGGUUGGGUCUUUUGGCAAGAUUCUAGUGUAUUUUUGGCAGAGUUGUCUUUUGUUGUGUUGAGCUUUUAUUAAUGGAUGUAAUCAAGUUGAAAGAGAGAGAGAGAGAAAGCACUGUACAUUGGAUAGUUUUGCCCGGUUGUGAGGUGUCAAAUUUGCGUGUUGCUAACACGGAUUACGGCGAAGAUUACCC